AUGGCGACCGGUUCCCCCAGCCUCUACUCGCUCCCCGAAGCGGGUGACCUCAAGAAACAGCUCAGAAAGUACGUGCUCCAGUCACAGAAUGCCGCGAUAGCAAGACACUCGACCUUCCGCGUCGCCGUUUCAGGCGGGUCUCUUCCAGCAGUUCUGGCGAGCUCUCUGCUUGCUCCCGGCGACGGUACGCACGAGGACACGCCCAAGUUUGCAUCAUGGGAUAUUUUCUUCGCAGACGAGCGGGUCGUGCCUCUGGACCACCCAGAUAGUAAUUAUGGCCUGUUGAAAACGGAGCUGCUCGACAAGAUACCAACAGACCAGCUUGGCCAGCCGACGGUUCACCCCAUUGAAUUAAAUGACGAUAUCCAGGAGGUGGCUGAUCUGUAUCAAGAUGAGCUGAGACGCUCGUUCGCCGCCAAGGAUAGUGUGAAAACGCCUGUUUUCGACCUUAUUCUGCUUGGGUGCGGGCCGGACGGCCACACCUGCAGCCUCUUUCCGGGGCAUGAACUGCUGCUGGAGAAGGACUCAUGGGUCGCCCCCAUAGAAGACUCGCCGAAACCGCCGCCCAAGAGAAUCACACUGACCUUGCCUGUGGUCACUCACGGAUUGAGGAUCGCCUUUGUCGCAACAGGCGGCGGCAAGCAGGGUAUACUGUCCCAGAUAUUUGAUCAAAGCGAAGGCAAAUCGCUCCCCUGUGCGAUGGUCAAUGCUGCCGGCGGUGAGAAGGUUAGCUGGUUCACCGACUCGGCCGCUUCUCAAAGUGUCAAGUUCCCCAAGCGCGAGAAUCUCUAG